GGCAGCCUCUCUCCCCGGCUGCCUCCAUUGGCUGCAGAAGAGACGGCCGCUCACGUCAAGGCGGCGCCCGGCUCCUUGCAAAACCGCGGCUCCUGCUGCAGAGAGGGGAUGCCGCCUCUGCCGCUGCUGCAGGCUGGGGUCGCCUCCUCCUGCACUUGUAGCCUCUCUCGCCUCCCCUCCAGCCCCGUCCCUCUCCUCUCGCCCCAGCUGCAAUGCUCCCUGAGGGACUCCCGCUAGCCCAGCCCCGCUAAGCUGGCCCUAGGUUGAGCCACUCCAGGUCCUCUGGCAAAUGAGCGAUGGGGAGAGACGGAGGGCGAACGGCUGCCUCUGUCCCCUGCUCCGCGAAAGCACCAGCAGCAGCAGCAGGCAAUACCACCCCCCUGGGGGCAGCAGCAGGCAAGUCAAUGCGGCAGCUUUGCCAGUGAGGGACCAGCGCUGUUGCGGGAGGACGCUGCUGCUGCUGCUGCUGCUGACCCCCCGCUCGCCAUCUCCGCUGGCGCCGAAAGCUGCCAGCUCAGAAUCUACCCCCUCCUCCCACCCUCGCCCCGGACGGAUGCCCUCUGCUGAGGCUGGACCAUGGGAGCCUUAACCAGCAGGCAGAACGCAGGGGUGGAAGAGGUGGACAUCCCGUCUAAUUCCAUCUACAGAUAUCCUCCUAAAUCCGGAAGCUAUUUUGCCAGUCACUUCAUCAUGGGAGGUGAGAAGUUUGAUUCUACACACCCUGAGGGCUACCUCUUUGGAGAGAACAGUGACCUCAACUUCCUUGGGAACAGACCUGUAGCGUUUCCAUAUGCUGCCCCACCACCCCAGGAACCAGUGAAGACACUGAGAAGUCUCAUCAACAUUCGCAAGGACACAUUACGCCUAGUCAAAUGCACAGAGGAAGUGAAGACUCCAGGAGAGGAAGUCAGCAAAGCAAAAAUCUGUUACAAUGUGGAGUUCACGUUUGACAGUGAUGCUCGUGUGGCUAUAACAAUCUAUUAUCAGGCUACUGAGGAAUUCCAGAAUGGAACAGUGAGUUACAUCCCCAAAGACAACAGUUUACAGUCUGAGACUGUCCGUUACAAGCGAGGCGUUUGCCAGCAGUUCUGUCUCCCCUCCCAUACAGUUGAUCCCUCAGAAUGGACAGAAGAGGAGCUGAGUUUUGAUCUAGACCGUGAAGUAUACCCCAUGGUGGUACUUGCAGUGGUGGACGAAGGAGACGAGCAUACGGGUCACUGCCAUGUGCUGCUGGCUACUUUUGAAAAGCAUGCUGAUGGCAGUUUUUGUGUAAAACCCCUUAAGCAGAAGCAAGUGGUGGAUGGUGUGAGCUACCUGCUUCAGGAAAUAUAUGGAAUAGAGAACAAAUAUAACACACAAGAUUCCAAGGUGGCAGAGGAUGAGGUGAGUGACAACAGUGCAGAAUGUGUGGUCUGCCUCUCAGAUGUUCGGGACACCCUGAUCCUGCCAUGCCGCCAUCUAUGCCUCUGUAACACAUGUGCUGACACUCUGCGUUAUCAAGCCAACAACUGCCCCAUCUGCAGACUGCCAUUUCGAGCUUUGCUACAGAUCCGAGCUAUGAGAAAAAAACUUGGACCCCUUUCCCCUACCAGCUUCAACCCUAUUAUCGCAUCCCAAACGUCUGACUCGGAAGAACACUCGUCUUCAGAGAAUAUCCCUCCUGGCUAUGAGGUGGUCUCCCUCCUGGAAGCCCUUAAUGGGCCUCUCACUCCAUCCCCAGCGGCCCUUCCACUCCACGUUCUUGGGGACAGCCACGUUUCGGGCAUUCUGCCCUCAUAUGGCAGUGACGGCCACCUGCCUCCCAUGAGGACACUAUCUCCCCUUGACCGUUUGUCGGAUUGUGGCAGCCAAGGACUCAAGCUGAAGAAAAGCCUUUCCAAAUCAAUCUCCCAGAAUUCCUCAGUACUUCAUGAAGAAGAAGACGAAAAGUCCUGCAGUGAAUCUGAAAUCAGAAUCUCCAGGAAAAAGUCUCCUCAUCAUCAAGAGGAAUGUGGUGUCACACCUGAGAGUGAAAAUCUGACGUUAUCCUCAUCUGGUGCAAUAGACCAGUCAUCAUGUACAGGGACACCUCUUUCUUCUACCAUCUCUUCCCCAGAAGGUCCUGUUAGCAGUAGUCUGGCACAGUCGGUCAUGUCUAUGGCCUCCUCUCAAAGCCAGCACUCUGAGAUCAGCACUGACACCAUGUCUUCCAUGUCAGGCUCCUAUGUAGCUGCUGGCACUGAGGAAGAGGGGGACAUGAUCCCAUCCCCUGCUGUUGCCAGUGAGGUGCCAUCAGAAGGAGAUUCAACUCCUGUUGAAUCUCCAGAUGCAAAUUUUGUUAGUAUCUCAGCAGAGGAACGAGAUGCUGAGGGCAAUGAUGUCAUGGAGGAAGAGGAUGGCUCCCCCACACAGGAAGACGGCCAAAGGACAGGCGCAUUCCUAGGUAUGGAGUGUGACAAUAACAAUGACAUUGGCAACGCAAGCGUGAAAGCUCUGGACAAUAAGCUGUGCUCUGAGGCCUGCUUACCUGCUGCAGUUCCGGAAUCCUGUCCCAUAAACAUUGAGGAAUAGGUGUCCAGAAAUCAGAUGAUAAUGCUCUGAAUCACAGCCAGGCCUGGAGGCGCCACCUGUUUGCCAGCAGCAUCAACCAGGAAUGUGAUGAAGAUAUGCAGUGCAUGCUGGGACCUCUGUGUCCUCUAUGAUAUCACGUUGUUCAGAGAGGGAAAAACACUUCUCUGGACACAGUUCCCUAAAAACUCUGAAACAGCAAAGCUGUGGGCAUUAAUAAUGUCAAACACUGCACAAUGUGAUAUUUAUUUUUAAAAAAACAUCGUAACCCAGAAUUCUUAUUGAUUGAUUCAGAUUCAUCAUGUAUUAGUCUGUGUUCACUUGAACUUUUAGAAAGACUGAUUGAAUGACUCAAGUUGGAUUUAAUAGCUGGUAUCUCCAUCCACUUUCAUUCUUUGUCUGCUAAUACCUUGUCACUCCAGCCUUCCCUUCUGCCACUGUAUUUAUGGCCUAUCCAAAGAUUUGUUUGGUGACUGCCAUAACACCAUUCUCCCUCUUUUUGAAAUGAAUAAGUGUUGCUCCAUCCAUUACAUGUUUUAAAACAGGUGCACGUAGAAUGUGUACCUGUACUUAUAUUACAUAUGCAGUGGAAAAAUUCCUACUAGCAAAGCCAUGAAGAGCAGAUCCUGGACUGGUCAUUCCUCCCUGUCUGAUUUAUAUGCCUGUGGCACCUUAUAACAUGUGCAGUAACUCUGGCAGCGAAAGAAAUUAGUUCCUAGGUCACCCUGCUGUAACGUUAGAGAGGCCUUUCAAACUGUGCGGGUAGUGCCACAAACCAUUUGAGAGACGUCUGUUUCUGAGAGCUUCUCGAGGACAUCAAAUUAAGGACUUAAUAUUAUGCUCCACAGAGUGGUACAGAGGAUAUGGUAUAAAAAUAAGUAAUGUCUAAACACUCGUCGUGAGGAAGAAAGCGAUGGUAGGCCUGGCAACAGCAAACAAAAUAUUCCUUAGAUGCGAAAACACUCCCUCCUCCUUUUCUGAAGUGGAAUCCCAUCAUGAAUAGAAAAAGAGAUGAGGUUUGCCAUCCUUGAAGUUCCACACAAAGCACAAAGUUAGUGAAGGAGCAUAUUGUAAGUGGAUGGUGAGGUUUAAAGAAAGUGGGCGGGGGGAGCAGAGAGUCCCUUACACCACUUCAUACCUGGGAGUGCAAACUCUAGCCUAGUGAUGAGUCCCAUCAGCAUAGUCUUAGAUACACAUUUGUUCACUCUACAGUCAUAUUAAGAUGGUUUCCUUGGUGACACGCUGACUCCUAACCAUUUUAACAAGCACUCCCAGUAGUGACAUUUUGCCUUUGGUUGGGACCCAUCUGUUCAGUCUAGCUCCUAACAAUCUCAUCUUGGUAUCCUACCUCAGACCAGCAGUCUGUCAAAGCAGGAGUACAGUCUUGUUCAAACCAGCUAUUUGGAAAUAUCUUUACGAAAAUCAGUGGGGGCUUUAUCAUUCUAGAAAUUAUGUUUGAUUGCUGGUAGACAGGUCAGUUCAGAGAGGAAGAUAAUGGAAACUGUGUAUAUAGACAACACUUAACCAACUGCACCUAUUUGGUGGGAAAGAGCAAUCUGAAAAUCCUAAAGGUUAUGUUAUUUUGUCAGCCAAGGUUGACUAUAUCCUCCUACACAACUUUGCAUUUUCAGUACUCUGGUCUUAUUAUAGAGAAAAAUCAAUGAUAUAGCCAUGCAAUAAUUUAGGUUUGCUGCACUAGCUUCUUUUUUAGUGAGAAGGAUCACAUAAUGGCAGAGGGGAAAUUCACUUUAGCUUGAAUCUUUGCUUCUGUCUGAUCCAUAAUGAGAAGAUCAAGGGGUGUGAUGUGGAUCAUCCAACCCUGGAGGGUAAAUUUCAACUGAGAGCAUAAGUUGGUCUCCUGAAGAACUCUUGGCCCUUGAGAAGGAGAGUAUGGGUCAGAUAUUGCCUGGAUCUGCAUUAACAGGCAAGCAUCUUCAAAGGUGAAGACUCAAAUAUUCUUGAGUCUUUCUAUAUCGCCUUACCUUAUGUGAUCAAACAACUCAGGCAAGUGUAUGUAUUAUUGCCUCACAAACAACAUUCCUUUCACUGUUUCGUUUUUUCUUGGCAUGGGAGGAGUGUUUAAUAAAAACAUAGGUAGGGCAACAACUUUGGCUGUAUAGAGACACUAGUUUUUCAGAUAACUGAAAAUAGAUUGAGCAGUCUUUGCUUUCCAUAUUGUGUGUAUGCAUUCCUUUUGGAUCAUGAUCUUUUCAGGUUAAACAGAUUUUAAGCCAUACAAAAUGGAUAAUUGAACAUACCAAAUUCGAUUAUUUCCUCUGUGUACUCACAUUCAGCUUUCUGUUUAAGAACAGCUCCAUCUUAAGCCUUACUAUACUUGACUGAUCACGAUGGAAAACUGGAAGAACAGCCCAGGAGACCUUUGCUAUAAACCUCAAGCUAUCUAUUAACAUACCAAGAAGCAUUCAGCUUGGAGGCUCUUGAAAUGUUUGUGUUAUUGCUAUGUGUUCUACGAGUUCUUGAAAAACAGUAAUAUUGGUACUUGAAAUGUUUGGGACCCUUCCUGAGGCAUAUGGAAGUAUGUCCAAGCAAAGCCAUACAAAAUGUAUCCUUCCUCUCAUAUCCUCUGUUUCCUCACUCUGCAGCAUGGCAGAAAACAACAAUUGAGGUUCAGACCUCCCAUGGCUCUUUGACACUGAAUUUGCCGACACUGAAUUUGCCAGAUACAAAACGAUUCCAUAUAGAACACUUAAUUGUGAAACAGGCCAUUGGACAAGGGAGGCGGUGAAGCCUGCUCGAGAGUGCAAUACAGACUCUGUGCUUUUGAGCCUAUGCCCCAUGUGAAAGAUAUGGAUUUUCUAGGCAAGCUUGUGUACACCUCUAUGGCAACAAUGUAAUAUGUAUUUAUUACUGCAUGACUCUUUAGAGGAUAAAUAAAGCUGUUUACAAGG